GAAAAAGUUUUUAAAUUGUUACAAAGUCUAUUCACCCCCCCCCCUCUAGACUUUGUAUCUCACCACUUUGGGCCACCAAUUGGUAUCGGAGCAUACUUCUCACUAUCUACAUUUAGAUUAACGAGAAGCGAUCAUAAUGGUAAACAAUAUGGAUCACGGUUUGCCCAAGUUCUCUCUUCUAGGUUAUGAUGAUUGGAAGAUCAUGAUGGAAGCACACCUCUAUGCUCUACAUGAUUGCAUGUGGAUGGUGCUUGAAGAUGGACCCUUAAAGAUUCAAAUGGAGAAUCCUGAGAGGAAUCCAACCAAUCCUGAUGUAGUCCAGUACAUUCCAAAGCCCAAGGAGAAAUGGGAUGAUAGAGAUUGCAAAAAGCACAAUCUGGACAACGUCGCAAAAGCAGCCAUCUUCAAGACACUUGAUCCCAUUACUUUUUCCAAAAUUAAGCAUCUCAAGACUGCCAUGGAGAUAUGGCAAGGUCUUGGGAAGCUGUGUGAGGGAUCAGAGGAUCUGAGAAAGCAGAAGAUGGAGGUCCUGCUUGAAAAGUUCAAAAGCUUCAAAAUGCUUCCCGGAGAAUCAUUUGAUAUGUUGGAUGAAAGAUUCCACAAAAUCUUAAAUCAUCUUGCAUCACUUAACCACGUUCUUUCUCCCAAAGAAAAGAUUGUAAGGUUACUGAGGUCUCUUCCAACUGAGUGGUACACCAAAGCCACAGCCAUGGAAGAAGGAAGAAAUCAGGAGAACUACACUGUCCAAGGUCUCCUUGAUGAGCUGAAGAAGAAGAAGGAAGAACAAGUCACUCCAUUUCCCACGGCACUGAUGACAACUCCCAGAGUCCCAACAAGCGAAGGGACAUGCCCAAGAAACUGUGACACUCCUUCCUCCAGCCAGCCACUAAGCUCAAAAAUGGAGAACUACGAUGAGGAAUUUGCCAUGAUGGUCAAGCAAUUCCGGAAGUUCAAGAAGAAGCCUGGCCACUGGAAGUCAGCAUGCUCGUACCCAAAAGUGGAGAAGUACGGAGAAAGAGAAAGAAACGAGAAGAAGAAGAAGGCAAUGGUAGCAGCUAAAAGUGACGAGUCAUCCAGUUCAAGCUCGGAUGAAGAAGCCCUGGUCUGCAUGGAGCGCAGAGCUAAGAAGUCUAACCAUGAGGAUCGGUGGACUAUGUUAGAAGAUGACACCCUCUCCCUAAUGGCCAAGGAUGAUGCUGAUCAAGAGGUAACUUCACAAACCUCCUGCUCAUCUUCUUAUGAAAGCAUACCAACUUCUGAAAAUCUUUUUAACAAGUUCAAAAAGAUGAUGAAAGAUUUUGAGGAAAUAAAUCUCAAACACUCAUCCUUAACAGAGGAGAACAAGCUAUUGAGUGAAGAGAAUCUCAAGUUGACUGAAGGUCGGAAAAGUCAACUAAAUGAGAUCACUCAACUCAAGGCUGAGAAUGAAUCUCUUACUGAAAAGGUGAAAUCCCUCAACAAGGAGCUAGGGAUACUUAAGUCCAAAGAAGCAGUGAAUAAGCUUCUUGAAACGACCAAACAUAAGGGUCGUGAAGGACUUGGGUUUGACCCCUCCAGCUCCAAAAGGAAAGGGAGAACAACUUUUAUCCCUCCUAAACCUACUGCCAAACCCAAUAAGCAAAAAGGUAAGGAAAAGGAGAAACCCACAGAAGUUCCCAAAAAGGAAGCCGCUAAGUACCCAGGUGUCUGGUACUUAGACAGUGGCUGUUCAAGACACAUGACGGGUGAUGCGAGCCUUUUGAGAAAUCUAAUCCCCUAUGAUGGUCCAAGAGUUACUUUUGGAGGAAGCAAUGAUUAUGGCCUUACAAAAGGGCUAGGAAAUCUGAUGUACAAGGGACUAACCAUCCAGGCUGUAUCUUAUGUGGAAGGUCUCAACUACAACCUUCUAAGCAUAAGUCAGUUCUGUGAUAAAGGUUAUUCUCUGGAAUUCUGCAAGGACAUGGCAUCCCUCAAGAACAUCUCCACAAAUGAAGUCAUUCUCACUGGGAAGAGAAUCAGAAACAUCUACGAAGUGAUGUGGGACGAUGUCAAGGACGCAUGCCUAAUCAGCAAAGCCGACACUAACCUUCUAUGGCUUUGGCAUAAGAGGUUGAGUCAUCUCAACUUCAAAACCCUCAACAAGCUGUCCAAAGAAGGGUUAGUAGAAGGUCUUCCCAAAGCUGUGUACAAGAAGGAAAGCAUUUGUGAUUCUUGUAAGAAAGGAAAACAAAAGAACGGAAAGAUCAAAGCUGUUCAAUCAAAGAAGAAUCCGCAGAGGACGAUUCAAGUUAUCAAGUCCACUGUUGGAAGGGCCAAAAUAAAGAUUUCACAGAAGAAAUUGGAGAAGAAGCUUCAUCUUCCCAACUCCGGAAGUGAAAUUGGGAGACUCUCGCCCAAGAAUCUGGACUGGAAGACUAUUGGGAUUUCUGGACAAAUCCCUUCUGGCCCAGCAAAGAAAGCUGAUUUGAAGAAUGAUUACAAAUUGAUUCUGGAGCUGGUCAUCGCAUGCCUUGAAUGUGGCAGUGGAGGGCAUGCUGAUGACAUUACCCAAGAAAGGGCAUUCAUCAUCAACGCCCUCAUUACCAGAACCAAGGUAAAUUGGGCUAAACACUUUUUCAAUUCUGUCUCUAAGCACUUAGGGAAGCCCAAACAGAAAUAUUUGUGUCAAGGACUAUACCUUGGGUACACUUUGGAAUCCAUGGGUGUUGCUUCCGAAGGCAAGAAGUAUGAUGCAAGAUAUUGGCUCUACUAUUUGUCUUCCAAAGGAGAAAACAAAGCAAGUUCAACUGCAGAGGAUGAAAGCUCUUCAGACAAUGUCCUUAUUAUGAGUCUGAAGAAAUCAUCAAAAAGGAAGCAUGUGGUGUCUCCCUCCCCCAGUGCUGAAGCACCACAGAAUCUUGCUUUGGUCAAUCUGGAUGAUGAAGAAGAAGAAGUCCCUGCUCAUGGUGAACUUCAGAAGAUGAAGAAAGGAAGAAUCUCCUCUUCCUCCACAUCUGGAAGUGCAAAUCUGGAUGACUUGGUGGGAAAGGAACUAGUUGAGGAAACCUCUGCACACAACCAGAGCCCUCAACAACUGGAGGAAGAAACACCUCAACUCUACUAUGACUGGAGAGCUUGGAAGGUUGGAAACUCAACAGAGCAGUUGUUGGGAUGGGAUCAACAACUGAAAAAUGAAAAGAUGAUCAAAAGAUGCUUGGGUCUGCCAGUCAACCAUUGUUGUGAGCAAAUUCUGGACGUUGACUGGGUGUGGCAAAGAACAUAUGAAGAUUUGCAUCAGGAACACUUGGCCACCUCACCAAUCUCAGAGUUUGAAGUUGAUGAUGAGGAAACUGCAGUCUACAGGCCAAUCUUUUCAAAGGCAACAGAAGAUCAGAUGGUUCUCACCACUGAAGCACAAGCUAACAUGGAAGCCAUAGCGGAGGACUUCCAAGUCUUUCCAGAAAACUUCCAUGCCUUUGAAACUGUUCUGCCUGAAGCUGUCCAGGAGAAUGCAGCUUCUCCCCAACAAGAACAGAACAAGGAAGCAUCAGAGGAAGAACUUCUUCAACUCCUCCAAACUCAAGUUCAAGAGAUCCUCACAACUUCUUAUAAGAUCUCCAAACCAACUGAACUUGAGAUUCCAGAGAAGUCAACAGAGAUUCUGAAGAAGUCCACCCCUCCAGAAACAACUGCAAAUGAAACUCAAGAAGACCCAGCUAUAGAAGUCCAAAGAAGUUUUGCAGAAACUGAAGAAGAAGCUGAAAUAGCCACACUAGAAGCCACUGAAAAUCCAGUAGCUAUUUUUGAGCAACAGAAUGAAGAUGAAGACAGAGAUUCCCUCUCCAGGGAUAUCUCAAACUUUGUGAAUAAUGUAACAGAGGAAGAGUCUGAAAAGACACUGAAGAUUGAUGAAGAAGAAGCAGAGCAAGGAGAUGCUGAAUCCCUCCCUCUGCAACUCUUCCACAAAGUACCUUCUUCACAUCAGGUAACAAACUUCCACUUUCACAGCUCUUCCACAUCCACUCUUCCGGAUGAGGUUCCGGAAACCUGGACAAGAAAGGUCCAAGGGUUGAUUGAAUCAGCCUUAGACUCUCAGCAUGCCUCGUUUAGGCAAGAGAUAGAACAGAUGGAAGAAAGGCACACCAAGUUGAUGGAGAAGUCUGAAGAGAAAUAUUGCUCAAAUCUCAAUGAGAUAAGCAAAUCUGUAGACAAGACUCUAGAGAUCAUUUCUCUAUUGAGUAAGUCUGUGAGCAACACAAUGGAGGCUUAUGCAUCUGACUGCCAUCUUCAAUUCAAAGAAGUCACUAGAAUCAAAGAGCAGAUUGCUACUGUCACAGUCAAUCUCCAGAAGCAAAUGUCCUCUCUCCAGAUGGAUAUCAGAUCAGCGUUGGCAGUAUCUUCAGCAAAUCAGGUGGUAACCAAAGACUACCUAAAGGUUAUCGCUGAAAAUCAAAAAGAAGCAUUCAAGCUCUUCAGACACUUUGGCACCUACACUGGGAAACAUAAGCUGGACGUAACUGUUCAACACAGAAGUCCAUCCCAAAUUCCACAGUUACCAAUUGUAGUCAAGCAAGGAGAACUCACUUACAUUCCAUCGAACUUGGACAUGACGGAUUUGAUACUUGAAGCCCAGCAGAGGAAUCCGGAGAACUCAAUACAGCAUCUUUCAGACACUGGUCUUGAUGGAACAGAAGCUAUGGAUACCUCAGUUCUGGUACUAGAGUUGGAGAUCUCCGAUUCAGCAUCCUCGACCACGACCCCGGUUGCCAUUGCCACGCCCUUGUCCGCGUCCAAAGCCACCACACUGUCCGGAGGAGGAGCCAUCGCCAAAGUUGCUGCCAAAGAAACGUUCCCCAUUGCCGCCGUGAGGAGUGCCGCGGCUGCCGCCCCCGCCGUGCUAACCGCCGGUGAAACUACCGGCGUCCCGACCCGCCAGCAGCGCCGUGCUGCUGGUUCUGCCAAGAGGAGUCCGCUGCCGAUCGAGGAGGAGGAGGGCCGACCGCACCUGAAGAAAACUCGGCAUGGGAUCCUGAAAUUGGAGAAACGAGCCCUAGAGAAUGGCGUCAAGUUGGAACCAUUCAUCGUCGUCGUCGGAGAUGGGAGCAAUAGAGCCGUUGAGAUAACCCUGAAGGUUGAACCGCCGUGCAAGAAGAAGGAAGAAACGGCUCCACUUUUUGUAGUUUGGUUGAGAAAGGCUGAGUUGAAUUGGAACAUGGAGUUUAACGUUGGAGACGGAGAAAUCCAGAUGUGGAGGUUUUUGGGUGGAGGAUUGAGAGGUGACCUCACUGUCGGCCAUUGUAGGGGAGGGGAGAAGCUGCUGGCCGAGAAAGAGAAGGAGGAGGGGGACGGCGGCGCUGGUGGUUCGGCGUAGGAGGGGAGGCCGAAACUAGGGGAGAAUAUUUUAGGGUUUUUAGUUUGGCUCUGAUACCAUGAAGAAUUGUAUUUUCAUUGAUUAAUUAUGUGAGGAGUACAUGUAUAUAUACAAAAGUCUCAAUCCUAGUUAUGGUAGGAGAGAUAUUCUAGGAAACCUAUUCAAGUAUGGAAACAAAUCAUAAUACAAUAAUAUUAAAUACUCCCU